AUGACCCUGGUGCUGCCCAUGCAGCGGCUGGGCCGCCCCAUCGCCGCCGAGGGAGCCGCCGACCUCGCCGCCUACCGCGCCCUCUGGGAGCCGCCCUGCUGCGGCCGCCCCGGCCCCGCCGCCCCUCCGGCUCCGGCCCCGGCCCCGGCCCCGGCGGCCCCCGGGCCCCCCGCCGCAGGAUCACAUUACAGGGGAAUUUCAAAUCCUGUAACAACAUCCAAGAUCACAUACUUUAAAAGGAAAUAUGUGGAAGAAGAGGAUUUUCAUCCGCCACUCAGCAGCUGUACACAUAAAACAAUCUCCGUGUUUGAGGAGCGGGCCCAUAUUCUUUACAUGUCCUUGGAAAAGCUGAAAUUCAUUGAUGAUCCUGAGGUCUACCUGCGGAGAUCCGUCCUCAUCAACAAUCUCAUGAAAAGAAUCCACGGAGAGAUCCUCAUGCAGAACAACUGGUGCUUCUCCACCUGCUCCUUCGGUGGCACCUCCCCACAGGAGUGGUUCGUGCCUCAGGACUGUCCAUACAGAAAACGCCUUCGGAUGGCAAAGGAGGAGUACGAGAAGCUCCACAUGUGCUGCUUCUAUCAAGAAUGUGGCAGUCACUAUUUAAAUCUACCCUACUCUGUUAAUGCUAGUACAGAAAGUAAUUCCUCUUCUUCUUCCUCCUCCUCCUCUUCCUCCUCCUCCUCCCCUCCCAUUUCUUUGCCAAGCUGUUCUCAGCAGGUGGAUUAUGAAGUUGGCAGUGCACCUUCUUACAGAAGUGAUGACCAGAUACCUGGUAAUGAAAUAUUCAUCACUAAUGGCAGGUCUCACAGUAAUCAAGAAAAGGCAAAAUUCCAUGAUGAGAAAGGAGGUAAUGAACCUGAGAGAGAGAGCGUCGCCCUAAACUGUGAACCUGUAAGAGGCACCCAUGCUAUUGAAUGCAAAGGCAAAUUUUAUGACUGUUUUGAGACUGGAUGUAACGACAAGGGCAACGUGAGUGAAUCUUGGAAAAAAUCCUUAAGGAAAAAGGAAUCUUUACCAAGUAAUAAAAUCUGCUGCAACAAAGGAAGUAAAAUAUGA